CCGUAUCCGUCGAGGUGCCUCUUGUGAAACGGCACAUGUGUUAAAGACACCACGGCCCUCAUCUCCUGCCACCUCCAUCCUUCUUGACGUCUCUUUUCCUCCUCUUUUAAUCGGCCAGCACCUCUUUAUCCCCCAGUCACUGAGUGAUUGUUUCGUCAUGGCGAUCCAAAAGAGGGUUUUGCUUCUUGCUGCGGCUGCUAUCUCGUUCUUCGCGAUACGAUAUAUCCCUCAAUUCACACUCUUUGAGUCUCUAUUCUGGAAUGCGGUGUCUGUGUAUUUCGUCCUACUCACCUUGCAAUUAAUCUGGACGGUCAUAGUGUAUCCGCUCUGUUUUAGCCCCUUGCGUCAUCUCCCUUCGCCCCCGAAUUCGAACUUCCUCCUCGGCCACUUUAGUAGGAUUUUUAAAGACCCUACGGGCGAGCCCCAAAGAGACUGGAUCGAUACUGUCCCCAAUGAUGGUGUUUUGUAUUAUCGAUUCCUUUUCAAUGAACCACGUGUUCUUAUUACAAACCCAAAAGCACUAGCGGAAGUCCUAGUGCAGAGGAAUUAUGAAUUUAUCAAACCUCAGCGUAUUCGGGAAAGUCUUGGCCGCCUUCUUGGGGUUGGAAUUUUACUAGCAGAAGGCGAUGAACAUAAGCGCCAACGGAGAGCUUUGAUGCCGGCAUUCUCAUUUCGUCAUAUCAAAGACCUAUACCCAAUAUUCUGGUCGAAGUCUCGGGAAAUGACCGCAGCAAUUAAAGCGUCUUUGACAGAUGAUUCCGCAACAUCAUCAGUCGUCGAAAUCCGUGAGUGGGCUUCUCGGGCGACGCUCGAUAUUAUCGGUGUGGCAGGCAUGGGCCAAGAUUUCGGAGCCAUUGAGAACCCGGCAAAUGAACUCAAUGUAACGUACCGCACCAUCUUUGCUGCUGGCCGUGGUGCCCAGAUUCUCCAACUCAUCGCUAGUCAAUUCCCGCAGUGGCUUUUCCGUGCUCUACCUAUGAAGAGGAACGAGGAAAUAGCAACCGCUAUCAAGACAAUCAAGAAGGUAGCUGCCGACUUGAUCCGAGACAAGAGGGCAAAUCUCGAGAAAGGCGGCCGUAGUGACCUGGACAUUCUAUCCGUGGCGAUCGAAUCCGGUGGCUUCAGCGAUGAAGAUCUUGUCAACCAGCUCAUGACCUUCUUAGCCGCGGGCCAUGAAACCACUGCAUCAGCCAUGACCUGGGCCGUGUACCUCUUAUGCAAGCAUCCCGAAGUGCAAAUUCGACUUAGAGAAGAAAUCCGCUCUUCCCUUCCCGCCCUCAAUGACCCUGACGCCAAGAUCUCCUCAACCGAUAUCGACCAUUUGCAAUACCUUAAUGCCGUACUAAACGAAACAAUGCGCAUCUUCCCUCCCGUACCCCUCACUCUCCGAGAAACCGUCCACGACACCACCAUUCAAGGCCAAUUCGUCCCCAAAGAAACUACCGUCAUAAUCAGCCCCUGGGCCAUCAACACCUCGAAAGCCCUCUGGGGUGAUGACGCCCGCGAAUUUAACCCAGAUCGGUGGAUGGGUCAAGGCCGGGCAAAUACCGGUGGUGCAGACUCCAAUUACGCUGUGACGACUUUCUUGCAUGGGCCGAGAAGUUGCAUUGGCAAGGAUUUCGCCAAAGCCGAGUUUGCGUGUCUUAUGGCGGCGUUGGUGGGGCAGUUUGAAUUCGAGUUGGAAGACCCGAAUUGGAAAUUAGAGAUUCAGGGUGGAAUUACGGCGAGGCCGAAGGGUGGCCUUAGGGUGAAGUUGACACCGGUUGAGGGCUGGUAGGGUUUGGAUGAGAUAUAUGAAGGCUUUCUUGCUAGAGACUCUUAAACUCUGGCACUUAACUUGGCUUGCCAUCCAGCAUUUUAUGUGCAGAUAGAAUAAAU